AUGGCAUCUACCGAAACUGUCUACAUCACUGGACAAGACAAAGACGGCAAUACCAAAGAGCUCGCCGUCAACCGAAGGCCAGGCCUCUACACCGGUGAUUUUGGCGAUUGUCUCGGAGGACAGAGCUUGUUCAACAUCACCAAAUUCGAUGCCGCCUAUUACGCCGACAACAUGACGGUUCAAUUUCACCUGGACGGAACCACCAACAUUAGGAACGAGUCUUUGAUGAUGCAUAUCAAUGUCGAAGCUUACGGCGAGACGAGGUUCGAGAUGAACUUUAAUCCAUGCAUGGCAAAUAUUGCUAGUCUGUGCCCUUUGAACGCCAGCAAUCCCAUCACUGCAUUUGCCGAGUUCAGACUUACACCGGCGCAAAUUGCCGGCAUUCCAUCCAUUGCUCUCGACAUUCCCGAUUUCGAAGGUUCCGCCCGGAUUCAGAUAUUCGCAAACUCCAGUCAAACUCAGAUCGGCUGUUUCCAAGCCGUCAUGCGCAACGGCAAUAGCUUUUCCCACCCGGCGGCCAUAUCAUCGAUACUAGGUGUCUUCACUGUAGCCGCCAUUCUGGCCUCUUUCGCCACUGCGAUAUACGGCGUCAGCAUCCCUCAUAUGAGAACACACUACGCCCAUUCAUUGUCAGUCUUGGUCAUUUUUGAGACGUUCCAGACCAUCUUCUUCUCAGGCGCUCUGUCUGUCAACUGGCCCAGUGUUCUGCCUGCAUGGUGGAGCAAUUUUGGUUGGGCAGCUGGCAUGAUAUACAGCGAGAAAAUGGUGAGCUCGAUCGACGGAUUCGCUGGCGUCACUGGUAAUGCCAGUCAAGUAGGCGGUGCGGGAUCUGCCGUUAUCAGCACUGGCGGUGGUCUUAUACAGCAAAUUUACGGCCGCUCACUCGACACUUUGUCCGCUCCCAGCAAUACCAUGCCCAUCAACACUCUCCUCCAGCGAGCAGUUCGGGAAUACAACACGAGCAACCCGUACGAAUAUUACUGGGCAGGUCAUCCCGUCUCCCCAGGAAUGCCUAUGCCUGGCAAAUGGAUUGGGUUUGCUGGUGACCUGUCCGCCCUGGGUAUCCCGGCCGCUGAUGCUUUCACUCUGGGUCUCAUUUGGUGGUUGGUUGUUAUCGGACUGGCUGUCGUCUCCAUCGCUGUCUUUAAAAUCACCCUGGACAUACUGGCUGGGGUGAAGUUGCUGAACCAGGAUCGCUUCCUCUACUUUCGCAACCACCUUGGCGGAUACCUGGCGGCAGGGAUUCUUCGAACCCUUCUCAUAUCUUUCUUCCCCCUGAUGACUCUAGCGUUGUUCCAGUUCAACAUCCGCGCGCCAGCAGGCCCGACGGCUGUUGCAGCGGUGGUUUUCAUCCUGUUGCUGGUGGGCGUUGGAGGCAUUGUAGCAUAUGCCUGCUUCUUCCGCCUCCGCUCUGGGAAAUACAAAGUGGGACCCGAUACGAUCAUGUUCGAGCAGGGCAAGCUUUUCGGUUCCGUUCCAGCGGUUGCCACAACGCGUGCUAGCAAGAUUGGAGAGGAGGAAACGACCGCCAAACGCUACGGAUCCAUGCCGUUUUUCAAGAUUCAAUUUAUCGACGACGAUCCCAACCGAACAAGUGUCCACCAAGACGAGGCUUACAUCAAGAGGUUUGGCUGGCUCUCGGCUCGGUAUCGCCGCACAAGGUGGUGGUUCUUUUCGUGUUGGCUCAGCUACCAGUUCAUCCGCGCUUGUUUCAUCGGCGGUGGUGCCCGAAGUCCACUCGCUCAAGUAUACGGGCUCUUCGUUUUCGAGAUCAUCGCUUUUAUCGUAUUCGUCAAAUUGACCCCAUUCGAGGGUCAAAGAAAUACGUCUUUGGCGAUCUGGAUGCUGGGCAUUACCAAGGUUGCUACGGCUGGGUUUUCCAUUGCCUUCCUGCCCGAUUUCGCCAUCGGUCGCAUCUUGUCAACGGUCUUUGGUAUAAUCAUCAUCGUUGUUCAGGGAUUUCUCGUCGUCGCGGUUCUGAUUCUUGUCGUCCUGGGCCUCAUAUCGUCGUGGAUGUCACUCUACCGGAAUCGCGAGAAUUUCCCCGAAAAGCUGGACGCCACCCGCAUCAGGUACUACGAACACGUCCAAACCAGAGCCAUUGACCUUCCCCCGCCGCCAAAGCCUGCGCCGCAGGAGCCGCAGGAACCGCCGCAGUCGUACUUUUCGGUCAACAGCGUCCGCCGGACACGCAAGAUUGAGGAUGACGACGAGGACGAAGUUGGAGACAUCAUCCGUCCGCAAAAUGCCUCGGUGAUUCAGUUUGCUCCUGGAACCAACACCCGAAGAAGCCGGACGAAUAGUGUCAGUUCGCGUUAUUCGGUUGGUAGCUUGCCGCGCCGCGCCAGACCGCACCGAACCUCCUGGAGCUCGGCCGAUUUCGCUGAGUGGGAUGCCGAUCAAUCCGCAUCGUCGCUCGCGCACCGCGGCAGUUUCGGUCACCAGCGCAACGGCUCGUGGAGGCAGGUUUCGCACUCCGAUUCGAAGCCUAAUUUGGGUCGCUCUGCCAACAACUCGCCGGUCCCUGAGCGGGCAGCAUCGACCAACGAAUUGCGCCGCCUCAUGACCCCAACAGAGGAGGUUCCAGAGGAGAACGUUAUGACGCCUGGUGAAAUGGUCGGUCCCGGAAAACCAAGCGACAAGGCCAAUGCUGUGGCCAUUUCGCCAAUCAACGAGACGGACGAGAAGUACCACGAAACCAAGGGCGAUGCCUCGCCCAUCGAAGAGAAGACACAUAAAUAA